AUGGGUGCCACGGUAAUAACACAUGUCAAUGGAUGCAGUAUUAGAUAUUUCAAUAAUGGACAGAUUGAGCUGUAUCGUCUCUCUGGAGAGAUCUCGCGGUUCGACCCUUCUACAAAGCAGCGUACCGAGACAAUGCUUCAUGCUGAUCGCUCAAGAUACGUCGAAAUAUUUGACCCGAGCGGUUCUUGCCUCCGGAUAGAAGGAACAAAUAAAAGCUGGCAACGAUUUGGAGAACGAUCGACGUACAGGGGGCAUCCAUCAGACCGUCACGUAUACAAUCAUAGCAAUGUGGAGCCGGAAUGGAUAGAGCCCGAGUAUAAUGCUCGACGAUGUCCCGAUGGUGCGCUGAAGGUCAAAUUCGCUAAUGUCAUGGUGUGUUGCCUCGGUGUUGAGGAUGUUGGUUAUGUGAAGCACACAACUCGUCUGGAGAACGGUAGUGAGCGAAAGCGUAUGUGUGUCGAAUGGGGCCACGUGGCUCGGGCUAGACAACGUCAAAUCGAAGCCCGAAAAUGCCAACAAAUGACUGCCCUCAAUGCUACCGUGUAA